UCAAACAGAGGAAAAUCGCCAUCGGUUCGGUUUUGCAUCGGACGCAGUGUACCGAGGGCUCGGAAAAUUCGGUCGAAUCUACGCUUUUUGCGGUAAAUCGAGUGUCAAAACUAGUGCAGACCAGUGAAAAAUCACACCAAUGGGUGAAAUAAGUUAGACGCAAGCUGAACAGGAAGUGUAAACUAUGUGGACCGAAAGAGAUGAAAUAGAGUGAUUUCCAAAAAUCUUUUUCAUACGAAGAACGCUAGUGCGAAAUCUCACAUAAGUCGCUUUUGCGUGCAACGUUGUCAAUUAAAGUGGUGUUGGAGAGUGUGUGUAUUCACUCUCAGCACACCAUGGAUGAUCAUUUUGCAUGUGUGCUGCUAACUGAUAGGACGUUAAUUUUCGCGUCUACGUAAUUUGCGCUGAUGUUCAUAGUUUUAGUUUCCAAAAACGCCGUUGAUGUGAGAAUCAGAAGUUUGAAACUGAAAACUAUCUUUUUGAGUUGUUAUCAUGUGCAAAAACUACGAGAAAAGUCGUGAAUAAACCGUCUUGUUUACAAUUUAUGACAUGAGUCGAAAAAUUCUUAAUGUAUGUGUGACUUCAAUCCUACAGAUAAAACUACGGCAAUACGUGUGUUUGUGACAGCCUGUGAAGUGCAUUGGAAAAGUAGAAAUCUUCAUCACUGGCGAUUAUAAACAGGGAUCGUUCUGUUGUCAACUCCGACGCGUAAAAACUGUGAAAAACAAGUGUUUGGAUCGUUCUACACCGUUGAAAAUGGUUACUUGCGAAUGGCGAAAAAAAAUUAUCAAUCGGACAAAUGAAAAUCAAAGUCUUGGAUGACUUCGUGAGCAAUUUGACAUAUUCAGCAGAGAUUUUCAUCGAAGAAAAAGUUAUUAAUGAUCAAAGGUGGACACCCACACCAACGAAAGCCGAAGAAGUACUGGAGUGAUUAAAGUGGAAUUCGAAUCACGUGCGUGUGUGUUUGUUGUUAAUGUAAACACAGCCCAUACAAAUGCAAGGGUGCUGUAUGUACAAACAAAAUAUUUGAAAAAAUGUAGGCUUAGGCAGUUUUUGGUCAUCAACCAACACAUCGGACCUUCUCUCGCUGCUAAAUCAAUGAGAAGAUAGUUUUUUUUGCAUCCAUCACCAUCUCCAGUGACCAUCAGCUUCGUAGCAGAAUUUCUCCAUUAUCCACCGUCUUCGCUAAAAAAUGGGUCCCAUGUACCCUACCAAGUGCGCAUAGUAACUGUCGAAGUGCAUAACUAAACCGUUACAAUUUGAGUAUCAGUGUAAACACUAUCGAAUCAAAUCAUGGAAACUCUUACCGAACCCAGCAUCGCUCCGGAGCUCCGAAGUGGAUCUCUAAUCCCAACAUCACCGGACGAGGAACGCUCCGUUGAUCACCACCAUAACAACAAUAACGAUGACGAUGAAGACGUCGACCUUCACCCAAGCAAUCUCCUCGAAGAGCAAUCCCAGUCAUCACAGGACAGCAGUAGUCUAGUUUCUCCUCCGCCGGAAGGCGGAGGGGGAGAUGCUCCCGAAGAAACCAUAGAAAACAUAGCCCGAGAGCUUCAGCAUAGCAAUGCAAGCUCGGAUAGCACCUGCAACGAUAACACAAACGAUUCCCAACCGGAACCGGAGCGGGACAAUACCGACUCCAGCAGUACACCACCGGAACAGAACGAAUCUCCCUCAGCCGAGCUGCAACCGGAAACCGCCGCAGCCAUUGCGGUGGCUCCGAUACCCAAGGUGCACAUUGCGCCCAUUUCCAAUGGUAGUUUGGCGCUCAAAUCCUCCGGGAAACCGACGACCAUGCGAGAUCUGGAUCGGAAGAUGAACAAGUCUUCCCGUGGGCGGUCCAAACGGACCGCGAAGGUGGCCAUGUAUCAAAGUGAGAUAAGCGAAAACAAAAUCGGCAUAAAGCUCUGCAUAAAAAAGGCAUCUGAUGCUACAGUACAACAACCAAAGAAAGCCAGCCGCAAGCGGUCACGCAAGCCUCGGGGCCUUACCCAAGUGGACAGCGACGACGAUGAACCGGCGGUGGCCGUCUCGCCGGAAAAACGCACUCGACGACUGCGAGACUCCUCCCGGCGGACGAACAACAACACGGAAAAGGCCACCGUUGCCCCGCCAGAGGAGUACAAACGGCCCGAAGAUCAGAGCGCGUGGGCCGAUCAGCUUCCGGAGCAUGUGCUGUGCGAGAUUUUCCAAUACGUCAUCCAAGACGACGGUUCCAUUCCAUCGUUGAUCCGGUGCGGAAAGGUGUGCUCCGCCUGGCAUAAAGCUUCCCUGGUGCCUUCCCUCUGGCGGACAGUGGAUCUCGGGAACUGGACCAAGGAGCGGUUUAAAACGGAGAUCAAGCUCAAGUGGCUGAUUGAGAACCGCCUUCGCAAUAGUACCGAUGUCAGUUUUGGAAACUGGAAGGUCACCAACGUGCAAUGUGUAUUAGAUAAGCUACUGGUAGCCGCGCCCAACCUUACGGGGAUUACCCUGACCGGCUGGAAGCAACUCACAUCCGAUCAUCUCAUGUUUCUCGUACAGAAGUUCAAGAGUCUUCGGAGAUUGGAUCUAAGCUCAAUAAACGCCGAAGUCAAUGCGAACAAAACGGCAGUCGGCCAGGUUUCGUUAUGCACAGCCAUCACGGAGAUGGGCGAUCGGUUAACCCAUCUCUAUCUGGCCCACAAUCGUCUCAGUGGCAUUCCACAAAUCGUUAAGGCACUGUCGACCCAAUGCCCUAAUCUCGUCCUGUUGGAUCUAUCCAACGUGACCACCAUCGCCAUCUCACACGGUAUACUCAACAUCGAGCAGCUGCAAGCCGGAUGCCAAAAAUUGAAGGUCCUCCGGAUAACCAACUCCCAUAUCAACAUGAGCACGGCAACCCUUCAGGAGCAGAUGGAAUCGCCGGGUUUUCCGGAGCUAGAGGAGCUCUCAGUUGCAUCGCUGGCCGAUGAAUCGCGGCUGUUUAACGACGAGUACCUUCAGAGAAUUCUCAAAACGAGCACCCAGCUGAAGUUGCUGGACGUACGAGGCUGCUCCCGGUUGACCCACGACAGUUUGAUCCGGUUACCCACGUGGGACCUCAAGCAUCUGUUUCUGUCCGGGUGUUCCAUUACGAGGGAUAUGGGGUCUGGUCUGGAGCUGAUUGCCUCCAAGUGGGCUCAUAGUCUUAUUGAGUUCGAUCUUGCAUGGGCCAACGCCACCAAACCGUUGGAUGAUGCCCUCAAAGCACUGGCCGACAAAGGUCCGGAAUCACCUCUGAACCACCUCAACCUAUGUGGUUCGUCCGUUUCGUUGGAAGCCGUCAAGGAGGUCCUCACCUGCUGUCCGCACAUCAACUCGAUCAACCUGUCCUCCUGUCGGGGUCUUCCACGGGGCGUCAAGCGGCUACUGCAAGGCCCCCAGGAAAUCGCCGAACUGCGGGAGAACCUCGGCGUAACCUUGAAGCAACCCAAGCAACCACAGUAGAGAGCCCUCUCGAUCAUUGUGAGAGAGUCAGUGUUUCAUUUGUACAGUUUGUGACCUGCCCCAAGCUCGUCGUUUUCUUUUCUGCGGAGACCACCCUACUAAAAAAAGUGCGAUCGAGUCCUGAUUGUCCUUACGUAGGCAGAGGGAAAUUCCCGUGAGAUUAUUGUACGAUUCGGGCGCGUGCGUGUGCGUGGGUGUAUUAUGAAAAGACCCGUUUGUGAUAUUUUUACUUUGUAUGUGCGCAUGUGUGGAAACGCAAUCCCGCAGUGGAUCUGCGCGGAACGAGAUCUUCUUUUAAGUGUAGCAUUAAAAUACUUUAGAAACUACGUACAGAUAUAGUUUGCCUGUUGAACAGCCCACUUUAGGCUUCCAGUUGAUUUGUGUUGUAUAUUUAUUUAAUCUGCAGUUUUAUGUACUGUUUGGUAUUCCUGAAGAAAAACGAAAAACCGUCUAACUUUACUUUAUAUUUCGUCAACUUUGGUAGCUUAUAUCCCGGCUGGGAUAGUCUGUGUAAUAUUUUUUGUUUUUAACUGUCGUCAAAAAGCCAUUAGUAUUGAUUGCACCGUGGAUCGAUUGCGGCUUGGGGCCUCCAGAACCUGUGCUCUCUACAAAAGAUAAAUGAAAGAAACAGAAAAAAAAACUUGCAUCAACAAACACAUUUAACUGUACACCUAGAUAAAGCAAAAACGAGUUCGAUUUCAGAGCAGCAGCAGCGGUUAAAUAAAAUGAGAUUUGUUAUCGAAUGGUUUAAGUCCAAUUGUUCUCAGCAGAUUAGAACCGAGCCCGGUUCGAAAUAGGUGUGUGGAUUAAUAUAUGAAAUAAAUGGCAUAAGUUAAUUUACCGUAAUGAA